UAUAACACGUCCCCAGCGGGCUACGAAAACAUGGCUGCUACCCCGAGGACGCGUCUGACACAUUGUUAACUCCCUCUAGCGCUGACUAUGCGGAGCAGAUGACAUAAUAAAGGGCCGACAUGUUGUUGGGAGUUUACAUUUAGUGAGGGUGGAAUGAGCCCGAGCUUCUUGUGCAUGUAACCCCCCAGUGUUGUCUGCGCCUGACAGACUCCCUAAUAAAUAAUGUCUCUCUGAACUUGCUGGCUAGCAAUCUUAUGAUCUUGGGGACCUAUGAACAGGUCCAACGACCAGAAGUGACCAGCAUGAGCUUGUGCACAUGCACAAUUGUUUUGUGAUUUUCUAGAAAGAUCGAGAGACUUAUAACUGGAUCUGAUAAUAAAUAAAUAAAUAUGGACAAAAACUUACUACCAUAUGUCUGACAGAUACCAUUUUGGGCCCUCCGUUUUAACCAUACAUUCAGUGGAUGCAAAAUCUGUGAUAUAUUCUACUUCCUGAAGAUCUGAAGAUGGAAAAAGAAAGAAGUCAAAUGACUGACAGGAUAUUAAAUCUCACACUGGAGAUCAUCUACCUACUGACUGGAGAAGACUAUGUACCUGCAAAGAAGUCAAGUGAGCUUGUCACACCAAGUCCUUGUCCCCGUGUGUCAGAAGAAGUGAGCAGGACCCAGAGCCCCAGCACUGUGUCUCCUACUCCUUCACGGACACAGGACAAAAGCAAUGAGCAAAAGAUCUUGGACCUCACCAACAAAAUUAUUCAGCUGCUGACUGGAGAGGUUCCUAUAAGGUGUCAGGAUGUCGCUGUUUAUUUCUCCAUGGAGGAGUGGGAGUAUUUAGAUGGACACAAGGAUCUCUACAAAGAUGUCAUGAUGGAGACCCACAAGUCUCUUACAUCACCAGAUAACUUAAAGGCCAAAACUGCACCUGGAAAAUCUCACCCUAUUUUUCAUUCCCGUUACUACGUAGGACAGAAUAAGAACUUUACUAAGUCUAAUAUGAGACCAGAAUUGAUGAAACUUUAUAAAACUAUUGAGAGACCUGGAAAAUCUGUAAGUGAUGAAUCAGAGGAUUCCUCUAGUGAAGAUGAUUUCCCAGGCAGUGACCUUUACAUACACACUCAAUACACAGCCAAUGAUGACCAGUCCACAGAAUCUGACUCCAGUGAUGAAGAUGUCAUUUAUAUAUCCACACAACAAAUGCAAACAAAACGCCCUCCAAUAUUUAGGAGAGAAGAUCCAAAGCCACGGGAUAAAGCCAACCUCUUACGUGUCUAUAACCCAAGAGCGUUAGCCUAUAGACAACCUCCUAUUAAACAAAUUCCUAAAACCAACAUCCCCACCCAAAAAAUGAAUGCUAUGUUAAUAAAAUAUGGUGAAUUCAACAGGAAUUUUAUUAUGAAACCAGUGCCUCCGCCUCCUCGGCAGACAUUACCCACACGGAGGCUGUUUACCUGUACUGAGUGUCCGAAGUUUUUCACUAGUAAUGCAGAACUGACUAGGCAUAUGCGAGUUCACAGGAGGAAGAAACUGACUUGCUCCGAUUGUGGGAAGCUUUUCCCAUACAAGUCCCAUCUGGUUAGACACCAGAGCGUUCACACAGGGGAAAGAGCCUUUGUGUGCUCAGAGUGUGGGGAGAAUUUCCUCUGUAAGUCCCACCUGGUGACACAUCUAAGAACACACACAAGAGAAAAGCCUCUUGUCUGUCAGGAUUGCGGCAAGCACUUCUCUUGUAACUCUGCUCUUAUCACUCAUCGGAGAAUACACACUGGCGAGAAACCCUUUGUCUGCCCCAUCUGUGGGAAGGCAUUUGCUCAAAGUUCGAACCUUCUCUCACAUCAGAGAGGGCACACUGGAGUGAAGAAGUUUAUCUGUCGCGAAUGUGGGAAGAGCUUCGCCCAGAAAAAUGACCUGAAUAGACAUUUGAAAAUCCAUAGAGGACAAAUUGUUUUUCAACAUAUGUAGAGAUUUUUGAUUUAAAAUAAAACCUGUUAACCUUUCAAGUACCUAAAGUUGUAGUUAAUUUUAUAUGGUGAGAAAUAAAGAGUUUUACUGAGUUGUUGAACUGGACAGUGUAUAUGCAAAACAUAAAAAUGUAUUAAUAUGUGCACAGAUGCUGAUGAGACUUGAUGUACAAGACUGGCUCAAGAACUAGAAGAAAAGUCAGCUGAAAAAGAGAAACACAUGACAUCUGUCUUUUAGCUGAUGGCUGUAUGCAAAGGUAUAAAAUCAGGCUUUCCUUCCGUU